AUGGAAAGUAAGCCGUUCAAAGCGGACGACUUCAUUAAACAAGAACCGUACAUUAAGGAAGAAUAUGGCAAUGGAAAUGAUUUGAUGUCACAGCAAAUCAUGCACUGUCAACCAAAUAUGCAGCAGACGUUAAGUUGGGAUAGUCUCCCAUUUGGAUCAAUGAAGUACCAGGUAUCGAAACAGAGUACCACACCGUACACAGACGCAACAAAUUGCAAAAAAUCUAGCAAUCAUAUCAAGAGGCCGAUGAACGCGUUCAUGGUAUGGUCGCAAUUGGAACGGCGUAAGAUCUGUGAACAUCAGCCCGACAUGCACAAUGCCGAGAUCAGCAAGCAGCUCGGGUCUCGAUGGAGGCAACUAACCGAGGAGGAGAAGUCACCAUUUGUUGCCGAGGCCGAGCGAUUACGACUUAUGCACAUGCAGGAAUACCCCGACUACAAAUAUAAACCACGUAAAAAACCGAAGAAGAAUCCUGAUGGAUCAGUCCAGAAUCCGUCGACGGGUAAUGGACCCGGUUCGCCGAGGGUCAAACCGAUUAAGCGUCCAUUACAACACAUGGGCAGUAUCGGUAUGACGAUCUCGGAUCAACAGUAUCCAGUCGGAAAGUCCGUGAAAAUGGAUCACGAUGGAGUACGGGUGAACGGUUGCAUGAUGCCCUACAUGACGAUGGCGCAGGACGAUAUCAAAAGCCCACAACACGUCAAGCAGGAGGCACGUCUCUUCCAUCCGUCUUUCCCAUCACCUUCGGAAUUCGGUCAGGCGCCGCUGACCCCUGAAUCCGGCUUCUACGACGACUACUACGCGCCCAGUGGAGCCUUCCCGAAUCCGACCACUGCUAGUCCAUCAAAUCAGCUGCUGAUGCCGAUGCAUAGACUGCACGCUAUGGAAUCCGAUAUAAUGUCGCAGCAGUACGGCAACGGUCAAGCACAACCCCCACCCCAGCAGCAACAACAAGCGGCGUUCUUCGUUCGAACAUCACCUAAUAAUCCACAAGAACAGGACGACAUGCGCUCUCUAUCGUCCGGCUCAUCCGGCUACGGCUCGGUGCAGACCGAAAGUGAUCCGCCAGCAGCCUUUUCUGCAACCGCACCUCAGCCACCGACGAGCGCUAACGCUUCUAACUCUCAAACUGGGCAAUUUGUCGCUUCGGAAGCCGAAUUGCUUCCAUCAAUCUACGAUUUUAAUUUUACAGCUGCCGUUAACGCAUCAAACGGAUGGAAUGAGAUGUGGCAGAAUCACUUCGCAAACGGGCACGCUUUCGAUCACAUUCCAAUUUAG